AUGCCAUCAUCUUCAGACACAGGAGUAUCGGACACCUUGGAUCCUAUGGCGAUCGUUUCAGAUGACGAGAUUCCGUCAGAGCGAGAGGUCUACACAUCAGACACCACCAGCACUGAUGACGAUGAUUUCCAGCCGUUCGCGCUGCCAGACGUCGGAGUUGAGCCUGCUGAUGGCAUUCCUGUUGGGGAUUUACCUCUUGCGGUGAUCCCUGCUCCCAUUCCGCUUGCUGCUUUCCCCGUGGUGGAUGUACCACUCGAUGUCAUAUCUGAUGACGACAUUGAUCUGUUCGAGGAGGGUCCGCCUGAGGACGACUAUGAGGGCGGGGCCCCUAUUGAUGCUGACGUUAUUCCUCCCAUUGCUGAGGCCCCUGUAGAGGAGCUUCCUGUUGGUUCACCUGUCCUAGAUUCGUUGGAGUCUGUGGCAUCCGGGUCCCUGCAUGACCAAGGUGUGCAGCAUCACUCUUCUGACGCCGACCCCGACAUGGCGAUGUCAGCUGCACCUGGUCCGUCUCAUGAGUUCGAGUUUGACCAUGAGGUCGAUGAUGAUUUUGGUCCAGUCUUUCCCCCUGACUUCGAUCCUGACCAGGAGAUCGAGUUUAUUCACUUGGACCAGUCCUUAGAGGCGCCCGUAGCUCCUAUUGAUCCUUUGUUUGACGUCCCUGUUGAUUUUGAUAUGGAUCUUGUUGAUCCUGAGCCCGCCAUGGCCCCCGAGCCUAUUGCUAACCAUGACCCUGUUCUUGAUGAGGCCCCAGCCAUUGCACCGCCUGAUAUGGGUGCACCGGCCGUUGCACCUCUUGUUGAUGAUAUACCCAUUGCUGAUCUUCCCGUCAUUGCUCCACCAUUGGUGGAUGAUCCUGUUGUUGAUGCACCAUUAGCUGAUCCCGUGCCGGUAUUGUUUGACCAUGCACCUUUCGCCGCACACAUAGAUCCUCGUUAUGCCGACACCCGCAACGGGUGGAUCGAUGAUGAUGACGAUUACCCACCGUUUGUGCUACCUGUCACUCCUCCAGUAGCACCUGUUUCUGCACCCACUGAUAUUCCAUUGUUUCCCCCACACACCACUGAUGUUCAUCGCACUGAUCUUCCCAUUACGUUCCUCCAGGACAUACCGCCACCUCGACCUGGAGAGGGGUCAUCGAGGCAGCCGCCUGUUUCUGUUCCACCCGUACUGUCAUCAUCUUUACCGUUCACAUCUCAGUUUCCCCAUGUUGCGCCACCUACUGCACCAUCUUUCAUACCAUCGAGCGAGCCAUUUUUAUGGACUACGCCCCCUAUCAUGCCAUUGUCUGAUCCGUACCACCCGUACCAUGUUGGGUACACUACGGAGGACAUACUUACAUCCUUGAUGAUGCAGCAGGAUGCAUUGACACGUCGUAUUCAGGAGUUGGAGAGAGCUCCACGACCACCUUGCCAUUGUCAGACCCCCUUUGCAGCACCGCACACUCCUCGUCCACUUUCCCCUGACUCAGACGUUCAUUCUUGA